ACCUGCUUCAACCCAAAAAGAGGCGCCGACGACAAACGCUCUGCCAUCUGCCCCACAGAGUCCAUUUUUUCUGAGACGUAUUUAGAGAAAAACACGACCGUGCAUCAUGGCCUACGACGCCCUUGUUCGGGUCAUCAUGGUGGGUGACUCAACUGUCGGCAAAUCUAGCAUGGCGGCUCGCUAUAGCCGCAACGAGUUUUACGAGCAAGCCAUCUCGACCAUUGGCGUGGACUUUGUAUUGAAGACCAUGCAAGUCGACUCCAAGACUAUCAAGAUGCAAGUGUGGGACACGGCUGGUCAAGAGCGCUUUCGAUCCAUUACGCACUCGUAUUAUCGCGGCGCCGACGCUGUUUUGGUGGUGUAUGACAUCACCAAUGCCGACUCCGUGGAUUCAUUAAGCGGCUGGGUCGAGCGAGCCCGGGCCCAUGCCAAAGUCGACGUCGCAAUCUUUAUCAUUGGCAACAAGUUUGAUCUCUAUGAUCCUGCCGAUCCGCAGCAAGUGACCAACGUCUCGCAGGCGCAACAUCUGGCGAGGAAAUUGGGGCUUCAUCACUUUGUGGCCAGCGCCAAGUCAGACAUCAAUGUUCAAGACAUUUUCCUUCAGGCGGCGCGAGAUAUCAUGCGAGUGCGUGAGGAGGCGCGUCAACCUACACCCCUUGUCAAUGUGGCCAGCAGCCAGCCCGCGUCGUCCUCUUGGUGCACUCUGCUGUAAAGCCGCCUGUCAUGUGAUGAUGAAAGGCUUCAUGUAGUCAAAAGUGUGCGUAUAUGUGUGUGCGUACACACAUGUGUGUGUGUGUGUGUGUGUGUGUGUGUGUGUGUGUGUGUGCGUGUGCGUGCAAGCGUCUGGGUGGGUAUGCAGGGUUGGUUGCACGGUCACAAAGGCGCGUCAUCGCUUGGUUGGUGCAAAUCGGAUCAAUUCUGUU